CUCUUUCUGACGAUCACCUGCAUCCCACGUAACUUUUCUUACAUGGACCGACCGAGGGGACUCCCUUGUGACCACCGCCCUAGCCUCUCUCCCCGAUGCCGUCUCCACCGCGAACGCCCUCUCUCCGCCUCCUCCUCCUCCGCGCCUUCUCUCUUCCCAAAUCCGCCGCCAGAUCCUACUCCGCCGCCGCCGAGGCUUCGCCACCGGAGGCAUCCGUUUGGAGCUUCGGCGACAACAGCAACGGAGCCCUCGGGCUCCCCUUCCCGCUCGCCGACGCCUACGAGCCCACCAAGGUCCCCUCCCUCCCCUCCCGCAUCGCCGGCGUCGCCGCCGGGCACUACCACUCCCUUGCCGUGACCACCGACGGCGAGGUGUGGGCUUGGGGGCGGAACGAGGAGGGCCAGCUCGGGAGGGGCGCCGCUGCUCCAAGAGACACAUGGAGCAAACCAGAAAAGGUGGCAGGGUUGGAUCAUGUGAGAGUUCAAGCUGCAUUUGCAUCUGGUGUAGUUUCCGCUGCUGUUGGAGAUGAUGGUUCUCUAUGGGUAUGGGGAAGAUCCAAGCGCGGCCAACUUGGUCUUGGGGAAGGUAUCAUAGAAGCUGCCAGACCUUCCAAAGUUGAGGCACUAGCAGGGCAUGAAAUAAUAAAGGUUUCAUUUGGAUGGGGCCACGCAUUGGCACAGAGCAAGGAUGGAAAACUAUUUGGUUGGGGUUACUCAGAAGGUGGAAGGUUGGGAGAAAUGGGGCAAAUAUUAGAUAAACCACUUACACAACCUCCAAAUUCUCAUAAACCUUGGGACAAGUGUGCGUCUUUGCUGGACCUCGUCGAGAAACAAGUUGCAGAAAAAAUGGAGAAAGAGAAGAAUAUGCCCAUCAUCUGGGAGCCCUGCAUAGUACACGAACUGAGUGCUCUUAGAGUUUCUGAUGUGGCCUGUGGUCUUGAUCAUUCCCUGGUGCUAUGCGGCAAUGGCACUCUGUUGAGCUGUGGAGACAACACAUAUGGUCAGCUGGGCAGGAACACUGAAGGAUCGAAAAUGCUGCCAAUCAGCAUAAAUGUCCAUCCAUUCUCUGUGUCAGCAGGCCUUGGUCACUCUCUAGUUCUAUGUAAGGCUACAUCACAGGGAGCCACAGAAUGGGGCACCUGUGUGAUCUCAUGGGGAUGGAAUCAGAGCUACCAACUUGGACGCCAGGGACGAGAAGAUGUCCCUGGGAUGGUUGAAGGUCUAAGUGGAGAAAAACUGAUGUCUGUUUCAGCCGGGCGUGUGCAUUCUAUUGCUCUCACUUCAAAGGGGGAGGUUUGGGCAUGGGGCUCUGGCCGAAAUGGCCGACUUGGUUUAGGAAGCUCAGUGGAUGAGGUGGAGCCAGCAUUUGUGGAGUGUUUGGAUGGGUUGAAGGUUCUGCAAGCAGUGGCUGGCUUCGACCAUAAUCUACUGCUGGUUGCUGGAUGAUGAAAUUGGCUCAUGAGUACAACCAGGUUAUUAACUGUCUACUUUCCCUCUGAGACCCGAAAAAAAAAAUAAAGUGUAAAGGAAAAAGGAAGAAAAUCUUAGAUUACACAAAAAGGAUGCUAUAAAGUGAAUGUGCGGGUGAUGUUGGUAAUGGUGUUUGCAUCAGGGCUGAAAAAAACCUGUCCAACCAUGACUUGGAUUUUCCAGCUGGGUUUUGAAAGCCAGAAACUUGGGCGAUUAAUCUCCCACAAUUGAACCUACUUUUGAACAAGAGUAUUUCUGUAGCAUUUUCCUUUUAUGACUUCGAACUAACCAGUGAAGCUCUCAAAUCAGUUAUAGCCUCCUUUUUCUCUGGAGAUUCUGGAUCCAAAUACUGUCGGAAAUAAUUCGGGAUGAUCAUGCACAGAGCUGAGGCUGCUUGUGCUGAGCUGGCUUAAUGCAUGAAUUAUUCUGUCAUUGCGAAGGGCUUUAGCCUGUUGGGCUCAAUUACCAAACAAGUUUUGGUCUGAUAAUUAACAUCAAGUUGUACUUCAGAAGAUAGUUCUCUUUUCUGUGUUUUCACCUAGUGUAGACACCUAGCUCAAUUUCGUUUAAUAUAACUUGUGACAGGAUAAGAUCUGAUUAUUUCUAUCUAUAUCUGGAAAUCCUUCUUUUGGUUC